GGGCCAGAAAUACUCCAAGUGCGAUGGAAGAAGGGUUGAAGAAGGGCGACCACGCCGCGGAAACGGCGGCGUUGAUCCCGAAAGCGCGCGCCCAAGCCGCGUCGGGCGACCUCGCCGGCGCGAUUGAGGCCCUCUUGGCAUUGGAGAAGUUAAGCCGUCUGCACAACGACUUGGCGUCGCUCACAACGUUGGUCGUGGAAGUGUUGACGUUGUUGCAUGCGCACAAGCAAUUCACGCUGCUCAUCGAGCAUGUGACGCUUCUGUGCAAACGACGGGCCCAGAAGAGUCAAGCUAUCGGCAAGAUCGUCACGACUGCCAUUGCGUUCAUCCCAGACGCGCCGACGGAGGAGUUGCGCGUGCAGCUGAUCCAAGCGCUUCGGACGGUGGCGGACGGUCGCAUCUUCUUGGAGAAGGAGCGCGCGCAAUUGACACAGUGGCUGAGUCAGAUCAAGGAAAAGAACGGGUUGAUCAGCGAAGCCGCGGACAUUCUCCAGGAAGUGCAUGUGGAAACGUAUGGCGCGAUGACCAAGUUGGAGAAGGCCGAGUUCAUCUUGGAACAGGUGCGCUUGACACUAGCCAAGAAGGAUUACGUGCGCGCGUACAUCCUGAGCAAGAAGAUCUUGCGUCGCGUGUUGGAAGAAGACAACUUUGAAGCGGCCAAGAUCAAGUUUUACAAGCUCAUGAUCGAGUACGACACGCACGAGAACAACCCGCUCGAGCUGUGUCGCCACUACCAAUCCAUCUUUUCGACCAAGACUCUCACGCCCGCCGAGAAGUCGGACGCGUUGCAGCACGCGAUGCUCUUUGCGGUCAUCUCGCCUCAUUCCAACUUGCAGCAGGACAUGCUCCACCGCCUCGCGCGCGAACCGUUGCGCCUGGACUUGCCGGCGUUCGACACGCUCAUGAAGCUGUUCACGACCAAAGAAGUCAUCCCGUUCCCGCUGCCCAUCCCGGGCUGGGACGUGGCCGCGAGCAGCCCUAUCUUCCAGGACCCCGUGCGGGGCGCGCAAUGGUUGGAAGACGUGCACACGCGCACGACUGAGCACAACAUCCGCGUCGUGGCCGAGCAUUAUCAACGCAUUCGGCUGCCGCACUUGGCCGACAUCAUUGGGUUGUCGGAAGAGUUGACCGAGUCGCGCAUCUCGGCGUUGGUGAGCAACGGGUCCGUGUACGCCAAGAUUGACCGCCCGGCCAAAAUCAUCUCGUUCCACAAGACCCAAAGCCCCGAAGAGUUGCUCACGAACUGGUCCACUGACAUCUCCGAGUUGCUCCGCCUCGUCGAGACCACGUGCCAUCUGAUCAACAAAGAAAACAUGAUUCACAAGGUAUAAGGAGGACGGAUGGCUGCAUUUGGGGCAAGUCAUAACCCAUCUAAACAUCAAAUGAAUCGUCGGCUUCUUGUUGCAA